AUGGCUUCACUUCGCUUUUCUGCCGAAUCUAAUGAAGAGUUGAUUGUUACGGCACCUCGCUGCUCGCUGAGAUCUGUGUCCAAAUCAAUCGAGGCUUUGCUUUCUAGCAAAGCUUCGGCAACUGGCUCAGGAUCUGGCGCAGGAGAUGGUGCUGGAACUGGAAGUACUGAUGUCGGUACUGGUUCGUCAACUUCUUAUUCAUUGGAUACCGAAACUGCUGAGAACAUUCAAUUGUACAUCGAAAAGCACCCACCUGAUCCUGCUGAAGCUACUCGGCUACACGACGAAUUAGUACGAAUCCACAAAGCUUAUGUACUACCAGAAUCCCAUCCCGACAGUGAAUUGUACUUUGUUAGAUGUCUGAUCGAUUUUGUGCCAUGCUUGAUUAAUACGGAUAGUAUUGAAGAAUGGUUCGGUCGGUAUUCUGGACCUGCAAUUGAUUCAGCUGGUCACCGAAAUGCCCUGGUUAAACUUUCUAGAGAAUUUUUAUUAGCACUAUUGCUAGUGAGUACGAAUAACAACAUGGGAUCGCUAUCCGACCAAGAUAACGAAUCUGCUAGUAAAAUCAAGUCUAUUUAUCUAGCUAAUUCUAGGAAAGUUGCUCAAAUGAUACUUGCUCAGUAUCUUAAGGGAGAUGAUGGAGAUUAUUCUUUUACGAGUAAUGUUGAUAAUAUGCUCAAGGGUAAAGAAGGUAUGAAAUCGGAAGAACGGAGGCGAUUUGCAAAGUCCAACGCCCAAAAUAUUCUCAUUCAGUAUGGUAUGAAAGCACCAGUAGAAUUUCUGACAGUAGUAAGCGAUAGGUUUGGUGAGAGCAAGCUGCGAAUACAACUCCUUGCAUUAUUGUCGUCAUAUGUUAGUCAACAACCCCCUUAUUUAUUUCAAAUCAGAUCCACACCUCUUCUUGAUAAUUUGUAUCAAUGUUUGAUUAGAGACAAGUCAUCAUUUGGAUUAUCUAUAUGCGCGACAGUCGUAGCCAUGAUCCUGCCUCAUAUUUGUGACAUCGUUGUGGACCAGCUCCCCAAGUUAUUUGCCAUAUAUGGAAGACUUUGCAGUUGGCAGUUGGAAUUGGGAAGUGAGGAAGAUGAUGCCGAUGCUGCAAGUGAUGAAGAUGACGAAAAGCAUAGUAAAGAUGAGACUUGUACCACAAAUUCAUCCGAUAAUUGGCAGGUUUUAAACAAUUUGAUAGACAUCCAAGAUGCAAGAGGACCGAUUAUAACCCCUCUAUUUACAUUUUUAUAUGGGCUUUUCCCAGUUAACCUGAUAUGUUUCAUUAGACAGCCCAAUGAAUACCUCAGUGAGUCUGGUUAUAAGAGACCAUUCGAUGACUUUUGGGAUAAGCAUUAUAUUCAAGAGCUUUCCAGACCCUGCCUGGAACUUCACACGUUGAAUCCCAGUAUGAUCUCGAUGACCAGAGAGCAAGAACUGACUGAUAAAACAAGAUGGCAAUUUAUGGGUUCGGCAUAUGAUAUUGCUUCACUGUGUUUGAGUUUGUAUAACCCCCGUCAAGACUUUAAUAAGCGCCCUUCUCAUCAGGUUGUAUCCAUAUCUUCUACAAGCUCUAGGCCGCAAUUCAGGCUACCAUUUGAAGAAGUGAAUAAUCUGAUAGAUCCUGAGAGUCAACAGAAUGCAGACGGUGAAAUCAUAUCUGCUUCUAAUCUCACUUCAGAUUAUGAUACGCCAGAACUAGUCAAUCCAGCAGUAAAACGGUUGUCUGUUGUGAAUGUUCCUCCUUCAAUAUUGUCACGAACAUCAUCUAGCUUCGAUCCAACUGCAACUGGGGGUCCUAUAAGGGAGGAUUCUUUAACUUCUCCUUCUACGGCUACAAAUGGUCGAAACAGCUUUUUAUCACCGGGACUUCCUAGUGUUGAAGCAUUACUCAGUGAUCAUGAAAAGCUUUAUUCUCGACGGGAAAUCUUACCUACUUUAGAAAAGCGUGACUCGAUGUCGGCCAUUCCUGAUGAACUGCGUCUAGAUGAUGUAGUCUCUCCAACUGACCCGGGUCCAAGCACGGCGAAUAAUAGUGUACACAAUCUCAGUGUUGACGUCAACAAUAACAAACCCGGUACUAACAAUAACAAUAGUACCAACAGCAGCCUGAAUACUCUUCGAAGAGGUCGUUCUGGAACAAUCUCAUCUCCAGCUUUUAUACCUACGUCUCAAAAUACCACUUCUUCGGCGAUACAUAGCCCUCUACUUUUGAGUCAGCCAAACCAAGUGGCGGCGGCUGCUGCUUCGAGUAUCGCUGCUGCCUCAGCAAAUGUAUCUGCUCCUGGUACUGGAACAACUAGCAGUCCGAACAUCCCAAUAUCGUCUCCUACUACUGGACCACAAUCAGCGGCAAUAGUGAGUCAUGAGCAGCUGGAGAAGCAGUUCAAUUUAACCAUAGCAUUUUAUCAACGUGAACUUCUAUUGAUACAAAACGAACUCGAAUUUGUUUCAUUUGUGGAACACCAGACACAACAUCGGUUCAGUGAACUCAGACAAAAGCUCAAGGAUUCAAUUUUGGCAAAUGCUCAAGUUGACAAACUUAUCACUCAGAACAAAGCGCUGAAAGCAGCUUUGGAAAAGCCCGAGUUGGAAGCGGCUAAAUAUCAGAAGAGUUUGAAAACUUACAAAAGUGAGCGGCAAGCGUAUGAGGGAUCUCUUGUGCAAAGAAACAAGGAUUUCCGAACUCAAAUCAAUAAUUUGAACCAGCAAUUAGAGCAAGUGAAAUCUGAGUUAGAGCAAAUAACGACAGAAAAGAAAGCUCUUUUGGAAUCAGUGAAAUCACAGGAAAUCACAAUCUCAAAAAUGGAGCUUGACCUGACUGCUGCAAAAGAGCGCACAGUACUUUUUGACUCGCUGCAAAAAGCAUUUGAAGAACUCAAACAGAAAGUGGAGGUAUUAGAACGACAGCAAGAAAAUACAGAUAAAUCGAAUCCACAAGUGGAUGUUGUUCAAGGACAAUUAGAGCAGCUCAGAUUGGCAUAUCAUGGAUUAGAAGCAGAUAAAGAUAAAAUAGUAACUGCCUAUGACAAGCGAAUUGAGGAAUUGGAAAAACUUGUAGCUGAUUAUGAAACUCGAAUGAACAGAAAUAAUGGUCCUCCGUCACGAGAGAGCAGUGACAUUUCACAAUUCAUAGAGUCUUUCAAGAAAGCAUCUGAAGUCAGAUAUAAUCAGUUGAACACGGCGUACAAUGAAUUGGUAGACAGGUUUGAGGAUCUCAGCGUGCGAUUCCGAGAAGUGUUACUAAAUGAUGAAGAGCACAAAGCUCGGAUUGACCAGCCUGUACUCCCUAAACGAUCGCUUCUUGGUUACGAAAUGGUUCGUGCUGAAGAAGAGAAUGUUUCUGAGUCCAAUGGAGUUACAAAGAAUAUUGCGGCCCAACCUCCACAGCAUCCACAUCCACUCGUUAGAAACACUACUGAAACAAGAAUUAGAGGCAGAGGAGGUGUGCAAAACACUUCCAAUGCCCCUGUUCCUAAUUCACCGGGUAGCACUCAAUCUAAACGACGGCCUUUCCGAGGCUAUGGCUAG